AAUAAAAACGAGAAAUUGGUGGCAAAUGGUAUGGUAUUGAAGUCCCUUACUUUGGAUACAUGCUCCUGCGGUGUGGUGUGUAUGAGUGAGAAUUGGAGAAUCAGAGUGAUUGAAGAUGACGAUCACUAUGCAGUCGACGCCGGGAAGCUCUGGGUAUUUGGAUUUGUAUCCAGAGAGAAAGAUGUCCUUCUUUAAGAAUCCUUACAUUCUCGGACUCGCUUCUGUCGCUGGCAUCGGCGGUCUCCUCUUCGGCUACGACACUGGUGUCAUAUCGGGAGCCCUUUUAUAUAUUAAGGAUGAUUUUGAGCAAGUUAGAAACAGUAAUUUUCUACAGGAAACAAUUGUGAGCAUGGCAAUUGCUGGUGCAAUUGUUGGAGCAGCAAUAGGUGGUUGGAUUAAUGAUGCUUAUGGACGAAAGAAGGCCACCCUCUUUGCUGAUGUUGUAUUUACUCUUGGAGCAAUUCUCAUGGCUGCUGCACCAGAUCCUUAUGUUCUCAUAUUGGGACGUCUCCUGGUUGGUUUUGGUGUCGGCGUAGCUUCGGUCACUGCUCCUGUAUAUAUUGCAGAAGCAUCACCAUCUGAAAUACGGGGAUCAUUAGUAAGCACAAAUGUGCUCAUGAUAACUGGUGGACAGUUUCUUUCCUACCUUGUAAACCUUGCUUUUACAGGGGUUCCUGGGACCUGGAGAUGGAUGCUUGGUGUUUCUGGUGUGCCAGCAAUUGUUCAGUUUGUUCUCAUGCUCUUCCUGCCUGAAUCCCCAAGAUGGCUAUUUAUAAAGAAUAGGAAAAAUGAAGCUGUCGAUGUGAUUUCUAAGAUCUAUGACUUGGCUCGCUUAGAGGAUGAAGUCGAUUUCCUAACUGCUCAAUCGGAGCAAGAGCGCCAAAGAAGGAGCAAUAUCAGAUUCUGGGAUGUCUUUAAAUCAAAAGAAAUCAGACUGGCAUUCCUUGUUGGAGGCGGACUUCUGGCAUUUCAGCAGUUUACAGGAAUAAACACAGUCAUGUACUACAGCCCAACAAUUGUCCAAAUGGCUGGAUUCCAUGCUAAUGAGUUGGCUCUUCUCCUAUCCCUCAUAGUUGCCGGCAUGAAUGCUGCUGGAACAAUUCUUGGCAUUUACCUCAUUGAUCAUGCAGGACGGAAAAAGUUAGCUCUUUCGAGUUUGGGAGGAGUAAUUGCAUCUUUGAUCAUCUUGGCCGUGGCAUUUUAUAAACAAUCAUCAUCUUCAAAUGAAGUGUAUGGAUGGCUUGCAGUUUUAGGCUUAGCCUUGUAUAUUGGUUUUUUCUCGCCAGGAAUGGGGCCUGUGCCUUGGACUCUUAGUUCAGAGAUAUAUCCUGAAGAAUAUCGAGGUAUCUGUGGGGGCAUGUCAGCUACUGUGUGUUGGGUUUCAAAUUUGAUCGUCUCAGAGAGCUUUCUUUCAAUUGCGGAGGGUAUAGGGAUUGGUUCUACUUUCUUGAUUCUUGCUGUUAUAGCUGUGGUUGCAUUUCUAUUUGUGCUUCUGUAUGUUCCAGAGACCAAAGGAUUGACAUUUGAUGAAGUGGAAGUAAUAUGGAGGGAGAGAGCUUGGGGUAAGAACCCCAACACACACAGCCUUCUUGAGCAGGGAAGUCAUUCCUAAGGACUAGGCUGGUAGCUGUUGCCACUCAGAAGUUUGUUGCUGCACUUCAUAUGGCGUGAAUUUAAGGCAUCAAGAAUAUUUUGCUGAUAGCCCUUCUACUUGAUUGGAUCCGGCUACUCGAGAUGAAUGAGUCUUUUUUGUUUAUAUAUGGGUUCAGGCUUCUACAUUCUUGUAUUUAGUAAGUAAUACUGCAUUUGAGUGCUGAAUUGAGUUCAGUCUAUGGACAAGUUGCUAAUUCUCUAGUCAUGUGUUCCGUAUCUGAAGUCAUUCCACUGUGCCAAUUUUAUGUAGUUUAUACACGUUGUUUUACUGGGUUGAAUUUGUUUCAUUCUUUGUAUUUAACUAGUUGCUAAAUUUGUUUUGUAAGAGUUACAUGGUUGUUAGUGGAACGAUUUUUAUGAUAUGAUGCUCAAAGUAUAGCAACCUCUUCUCAACGCCGCCAAAACACUGCAAUUGUUCGCCACUAACAUUAAAGGUGCUUGAAAUAUCUUGUGACCCUGGUUUGUGGGACACUAUCAGCAAUGAGCUAGUCUACUGUUUCUUUAUGUCGUCCUUUUUU